AUAAGUCCCCGGCUCGGCGGCACACCACGGGCACCGCCGCAUCGCAUCGAGUCGAGUCGCUGCUCCUGCUCCUCCCCAGCUCCCCGAAUCCGGCGACGCCAUGGCCGGCACGUGCGCCCACGUCGAGUUCCUCCGCGCGCAGCCGGCUUGGGCGCUGGCGCUGGCCGCCGUGGGCCUCCUCGUGGCCGCCUGCGCCGCCACCCGCCUCGCGCUCUGGGUCUACGCCGCGUUCCUCCGCCCCGGCAAGCCCCUCCGCCGCCGCUACGGCGCCUGGGCCGUCGUCACCGGCGCCACCGACGGCAUCGGCCGCGCCAUCGCGUUCCGCUUCGCCGCGGCCGGGCUCGGGCUCGUCCUCGUCGGCCGCAACCCGGAGAAGCUGGCCGCCGUGGCCGCCGAGAUCAAGGCCAAGCACCCCAAGGUCCCCGAGGUGCGCACCUUCGUGCUCGACUUCGCCGCCGAGGGGCUCGCCGCGGGCGUCGAGGCGCUCAAGGAGGCCAUCCGGGGCCUCGACGUGGGGGUGCUCGUCAACAACGCCGGGCUGUCCUACCCGUACGCGCGCUACUUCCACGAGGUGGACGAGGAGCUGAUGCGCAGCCUGAUCCGGGUCAACGUCGAGGGCGUCACGCGGGUCACCCACGCCGUGCUCCCCGGCAUGGUCGAGAGGAAGCGCGGCGCCAUCGUCAACAUCGGCUCCGGCUCCGCUUCCGUCAUACCCUCUGAUCCGAUGUACUCCGUCUACGCCGCCACCAAAGCGUAUGUCGACCAAUUCUCAAGAUGUCUUUAUGUUGAAUACAAGAGCAAGGGUAUUGAUGUGCAGUGCCAGGUGCCCUUGUAUGUGGCGACAAAGAUGGCAUCUAUCAAGAAAUCCUCCUUCAUGGUUCCAUCUGCGGACACCUACGCUCGUGCUGCUGUUCGUCACAUUGGCUACGAGCCUAGGUGCACGCCAUACUGGCCACACUCCGUCAUGUGGUUCUUGAUCUCCAUUCUUCCCGAGUCCUUCAUCGACAGCUUGCGCCUGGGUAUGUGCAUCAAGAUCCGCAAGAAGGGGCUAGCCAAGGACGCCAAGAAGAAGUCCCUGUGAUAUUCCAGAUAUUUACUGAACGCAAGUCGUGAUUCACACUGUUUCUUCAUCACCUUUAGUGGGCAUGUGCUUCUAGCUUCGCUGUGGUCACUUCAUUUAGCUAUCAUUACUUUCUAAAUCUGUUAAAAAUGAGAAUAUCGUUGUUCCUUACACAGUUGUGAAGCGAAAACAUGUGGUUCUUCAUUUCAGAAUGUAACACUAAUGAGGUUAAAGAUGGAAUUGGAUUAACUUAAGAAGUUGUGUAAUUCUUGUUCUGUAGUA